GAGGCCAUCGUCAAGCUGCUGCUCGAGAAGGGUGCCAACGUCGAGGCCAAAGAUAGCGAGUAUGGUCAGACGCCGCUAUCGCAGGCCGCCGAGAAUGGGCAUGAGGCCAUCGUCAAGCUGCUGCUCGAGAAGGGCGCCGACGUCGAGUCCAAGGACGAAGAUGGUGCGACGCCGCUAUGGUGGGCCGCCGAGAAUGGGCAUGAGGCUAUCGUCAAGCUGCUGCUCGAGAAGGGCGCUGACGUCGAGUCCAAGGACGAAGAUGGUCAGACGCCGCUAUCGCAGGCCGCCGAGAAC